ACGGGAAGGCGUCCCUCGCCGGUGGGCGUUGGAGGGGAUCGAGGCCUGCCAGGCCGUGUCCGGGGCCCCAGCGGCCGCCCGCCUGGCCUGAGGGGGCAUGCGGGCUUAGCCUGGGCCGGCAGCCAGCGCUGUCUGCCCGAUCCCCCGCGCCCCGCUCUGCUUGCUCGCUGCGGAGCUGGCUUCAGGUGGCCCCAAAAUGUUCAGCUGGCUGGGCACCGAUGACCGCCGGAGGAAGGACCCCGAGGUGUUUCAGACGGUCAGCGAGGGCCUGAAAAAGCUCUACAAAACCAAACUGCUGCCCCUGGAAGAGCACUACAAGUUCCACGAGUUCCACUCGCCGGCCUUGGAGGAUGCCGACUUCGACAACAAGCCCAUGGUGCUCCUCGUGGGGCAGUACUCCACCGGGAAGACCACCUUCAUCAGGUACCUGCUGGAGCAGGAUUUCCCAGGGAUGAGGAUUGGACCAGAGCCUACAACUGACUCCUUCAUAGCAGUUAUGCAAGGAGAUGUGGAGGGAAUCAUUCCUGGAAAUGCACUGGUGGUGGAUCCCAAGAAGCCUUUCAGGAAACUCAAUGCCUUUGGCAAUGCCUUCUUGAACAGGUUUGUUUGUGCCCAGCUACCUAACCCUGUACUAGAGAGCAUCAGUGUCAUUGAUACACCGGGAAUCCUGUCUGGAGAGAAACAGAGAAUUAGCAGAGGCUACGACUUCGCUGCCGUGCUGGAGUGGUUUGCGGAGCGGGUGGACCGCAUCAUCCUGCUGUUCGACGCCCACAAGCUGGACAUCUCCGACGAGUUCUCCGAGGUCAUCAAAGCCCUGAAGAACCACGAGGACAAGAUGAGAGUCGUUCUCAACAAGGCCGACCAGAUAGAGACUCAGCAGCUGAUGCGGGUCUAUGGGGCCCUCAUGUGGUCCCUGGGCAAGAUCGUCAACACUCCCGAGGUCAUCAGGGUCUACAUUGGCUCCUUCUGGUCCCACCAGCUGCUCAUCCCCGACAACCGCAAGCUGUUCGAGGCAGAGGAGCAGGACCUGUUCCGGGACAUCCAGAGCCUGCCCCGCAACGCGGCCCUCAGGAAGCUGAACGACCUCAUCAAGCGAGCACGGCUGGCCAAGGUCCACGCCUACAUCAUCAGUUCCCUAAAGAAGGAAAUGCCCUCAAUGUUUGGGAAAGACAACAAAAAGAAAGAGCUUGUGAACAACUUGGGAGAGAUUUAUGCCCGGAUCGAACGGGAGCAUCAGAUCUCACCUGGGGACUUCCCUAACCUAAGGAAGAUGCAGGAUCAGCUGCAAGCCCAGGAUUUCAGCAAGUUCCAGCCUCUGAAGAGCAAGCUGCUGGAGACGGUGGAAGACAUGCUGGCCAACGACAUCGCCCAGCUGAUGGUGCUGGUGCGCCAGGAGGAGUCCCAGCGCCCCACCCAGAUGGUGAAGGGGGGAGCCUUCGAGGGCACCUUGCACGGCCCCUUCGGCCACGGCUACGGCGAAGGCGCCGGCGAAGGCAUCGACGACGCCCAGUGGGUGGUGGCCCGGGACAAGCCCAUGUACGAUGAGAUCUUCUACACCCUCUCGCCUGUGGAUGGCAAAAUAACUGGUGCCAACGCCAAGAAGGAGAUGGUAAGGUCUAAGCUGCCCAACACGGUGCUGGGCAAGAUCUGGAAACUGGCUGACAUCGACAAGGAUGGCAUGCUGGAUGAUGAGGAGUUCGCCUUGGCCAACCAUCUCAUUAAAGUCAAGCUGGAGGGGCAUGAGCUGCCGAACGAGCUCCCGUCCCACCUCCUCCCUCCAUCCAAGAGGAAAAUAGCAGAGUGAAAGGAAGGUUGUGGUGGGGAAGAGGGAAAGGGAAGGGG